AUGACGAACCACGCGCUUGUUGACCCGGAUGAUCUUGCGCGGGCUCUUGUCAGCAAUCGCAGCGCUCUCUCCGCCGUUCUCAGCUCCGACGCAAUGGACCCAUGGACCCUCAUUGAGCUGCGACGCGCGCUGCGUUGUGUUGAUAUCAAGGCCAGGGCGACAACCGAGCGCGGCUUUCAUUCCCUUGAGCACCUCCCCCCCGAACUCAUCACGCGCAUCGCAGAUGGCCUAACGCUGCAUGACCUGUUGACCACUCGUCUCGUGAGUCGGCCCUGGAAGGAGACGAUGUGGCAGCCCUUGCUGUGCCUCACCAUCGCACGGGAGGGGUUCCUUGGGUUGGAGCAGCUGCACGCCCACGAAAACAUCCACAAGACAUUAGAAGGGGCAAUUCUGGCUCACUUGGCUUUGGUCAAUCGCAGCGUCGGGGGCCAAGGUGCGCUGCACGCCAUUCCGUUCUACGAAGCUACGCCCAUGGUCGACAACUCCAAAAGACCAUUAUCCGCCAUCCAAGGCAGAUUUGUGGAAUCCGGCAAGGCUCCUGCGUGUCUGUACAGGAACAAGAGGCUUGCUUUCCAGCCCUCCAAGGACAAGAUUGUGAUUGAUGACUUGGAAAAUGGCACCCGGCGUGGCUUACGUCUCACUGUCGAUGUGAGAAAGGCGACCGCGCUGCAGCUCCUCGCCGCCUUUUCCGGGCAGGUGGUGGCUACUGUCGAGCUCCAGGGGCCCGAGUCUGGAUCGCGAUACAUCCACGUAUAUGACACGACUAGUACACAGUCGAAACGCAUAGUCCUGCCAACACACCUCUUUCGAUGCUUUGCGACCAGGCAGACCGUGGCCGCUGUCUGCAGAGGCGGGCAGGUGAUGGUUGUGAAUGCACAACGGACUGUCGAGGAGAUCUUGCCAGAAUCGCCUUUUCCCAGUGUAUCUGUGCAAGGUCAACCCAACAAGGCACCUUUUCACGGUCUACCAGCCGUCGUCAUGCACCCUUGGAGCGACGACAACUUGUUCUUAGUAUGGACGUACAUACAUAGCCCCUGGGGCGACGUUGACGAUGACUAUUCUCAGCUACAUGAAUAUGCAAUCUGCGAGUACUCGCGGAACAAUGGAUGCUGGACCGAAAAGUCCAUUGUCCGUCAUCAGAGACGUCUUGCUCGCAACGAGUGGGAACUGGCACCCAGCGAGUCCCGGAUCAUCCUCACUCAGGACUGCCACGUGGUUGACAAUUGCGGAUCAUUCCAGCUGGCAACAUAUACAUGGCCGCCGCGCACGACCAUGCCCGGGCAGCCUUGCGAAGGCUGGAGCGAGAGGGUCUAUUGCAACGUCCUCACACGGGCUUUCUGGGGGACCAAGGAGCCCAUUUCCGGAGUACAAGUUCGCACUGCUCGCCGUCGACACGCGCCGAGCUUGCCUACCCCAACAUGGGAUGUGAUGGAGGCUGCAGUCACCUGUACAUGGAACCAGACCUUGUACAGUGUUCGCGAAGAGACCAGCGCUUCGCAAAUUCCAUAUAGCUCAGGAUCAGCAGACACACCGCCGCCUUUGGUGCUCGAUACGAGGCCAGUGGUAGGGAAUUGGCGGGUGCGCCUGAAUAACCAAACUUCCGCGACGACCUUUGCCCGUCCUCAAGGAUUCUCUGACUUGCUGGACGUAUGGGUCGAUGAUGACUUUCUCGUACUGGCGUGUGAGAGCGGGUACCUCUUUCGUUUCAGGCACCCAGGACGCAACAACGGCUGGAUUCCCGCGACGGGCAUAGGCAAUUCCCAUUCCCAAGAGCCUCUUCUCUCGUUGAAUACGGAUGUGAGAGUACCAGAUCCCCCGCCCGCGGUGUCCUUGGGCGAGUCCUUGACCUUGCACAGCUGGAGCGAUCGCGCUGCGGAAAUGACGGAUUGACGACUUGGCUAAUGUUGAGAUUGCUGGGCUUACGACUGCAGGGACAGGUAGAGAAACUCAUCUUCUCUGGCGUUCCGGGUCACCAUCGUUGACGGGGUGCGGUGUUCGUCAGCACACGACCACGAAUAUCGCAUUCGGCCCACAAUGUGACUUCGCUGUCCUCGACAUACACAACAAG